AUGCAUAUCGGCACUGGCAUUCGUCUGCAUGCGUUGGGCGGGUCAUGGGGCCUCGGCGUCGUUUUGCUGUGGUCUGCUUGCUCGUCAGAGCAUGUGCUGGUCCAGUGGUUGCGUGCGGCGUCAUGCAAGCCGUGGGAUUGUCAUCGCAAAUCCGUUAUGUUCGAGAUGGGCCUCGCUAUAGAUUCACUCGUGUAUGGCGUUGACGAGGGCGUGGUGCAGUAUUUUCGCCGCAAGGUUUCCAGGGUAUUCCUCAAGGUCUUCGCGGUGCUCGUGCUGGCCUCGCACGCCCAAAGUUGUUCUUCAUGGCUCCUUGUAGUCCCGCCUGCUAUCCUCAAUGGGAUUCCUCGCGAUUCAUUCGGCGGACUUGAGCUCUUUGACCGAUAG